UGUUUCUGGUCAGCUGGCAAGAUGACAUCCAGUUAAUAAGAACGUCAGAGUUAGUUUCGUUUUUCGUGGUGUUUUGAGUGAGAGAAAUCAUUUUUCUGAAGUCUACAAGGUUGAGACCAGUGGAUGUCCUUUCUUCUGUUCGACGUUUUGUUAAGUGUUUAUUUUAAACGGAUCAAAUAUUAAAGUGAAAUGGCUCAGUGGUAUCAGCUGCAACAGCUGGAAUCAAAAUACCUGGAACAAGUGGAUCAGCUGUAUGAUGACAGCUUUCCAAUGGAAAUAAGGCAGUACUUAAGUCAAUGGAUUGAAAACCAUGACUGGGAACUUGUUGCCACCAACGACUCCCUAGCCACCGUACGAUUCCAUGACCUGCUUGCACAGUUAGAUGACCAGUACAGCCGCUUUGCUUUGGAAAACAAUUUUCUGCUACAACAUAAUAUAAGGAAGAUAAAACGUAACCUCCAGGUUCACUUUCAAGAAGAUCCAAUCCAGAUGGCAAUGAUCAUUUGCAACUGCCUUAAAGAAGAGCAGAAAAUAUUAGCUGCUGCCAAAAAAACUGAGGACAAUGUUGGGAACGCACAGAACAACGUCAUGGUAGAGAAACAAAAGGAACUAGAUAUCAAAGUGAGGGAUAUAAAGAACAGAGUGCAGGAAACAGAACAGAAAAUAAAGUCACUUGAGGACCUUCAGGAUGAACAUGACUUCAAAUACAAGACACUGCAGAGCAGAGAUCAUGAUGCAAAUGGAACAACUCAGCUUGAAAUCAAGCGUGAAGAAAUGAUGAUCAGAAAUAUGUUUAUUGAACUGAACAUGAAGAGAGAGGACGUGGUAUGCAAGAUAGCAGAAGCUUUGAACCUUGCAGAACAAAUUCAAUGCGCCCUCAUCGCAGAUGAAUUAGUGGAGUGGAAGAGACGUCAGCAGAUUGCUUGCAUUGGAGGUCCACCCAAUGCAUGUCUGGACCAGCUUCAGACGUGGUUCACAACUGUAGCAGAGAGUUUGCAGCAGGUCCGCCAGCAGCUGAAGAAACUAGAAGAGUUGGAACAGAAAUACACAUAUGAGAAUGAUCCCAUCACACAGAAGAAAAACUUCCUUGAGGAGAGAGCACUCUACUUAUUUCGUAAUCUCAUUAUAAGUUCUUUUGUAGUGGAACGACAGCCCUGCAUGCCAACUCACCCACAGAGACCACUGGUGCUGAAGACAGGAGUGCAAUUUACUGUGAAAUUAAGGCUACUGGUUAAGCUUCAGGAAUUGAAUUAUCAACUUCGUGUCAAAGCAUCUUUUGAUAAGGAUGUGACUGAGAAAAGUACAUUAAAAGGAUUCCGAAAGUUUAACAUUUUGGGGACAAAUACAAAAGUCAUGAACAUGGAGGAGUCUACAAAUGGAAGUUUGGCUGCUGAAUUUAGACAUCUGCAACUAAAAGAACAGAAAACAGCUGGAAACAGAACUAAUGAGGGUCCUCUCAUCGUUACUGAGGAACUCCACUCCAUAAGUUUUGAAACUCAGUUAUGCCAGCCGGGACUGGUUAUAGAUUUAGAGACUACCUCCCUUCCCUUGGUGGUAAUCUCCAAUGUGAGCCAGCUCCCCAGUGGUUGGGCUUCUAUUCUGUGGUACAACAUGCUGACCAGUGAGCCUAAGAACCUGUCAUUCUUCCUGAACCCUCCCACUGCACGCUGGAGCCAGCUGGCCGAAGUUCUCAGCUGGCAGUUUUCUUCAGUCACCAAACGGGGUCUGAAUUCUGAGCAGUUGAGCAUGCUGGGAGAUAAGCUGCUAGGUCCUAAUGCCAGUAACCCCGAUGGCUUAAUCCCCUGGACAAAGUUCUGCAAGGAGAAUAUAAAUGAUAAAAGCUUUGCUUUCUGGUUAUGGAUUGAAGGCAUCCUAGAGCUUAUUAAGAGACACCUGCUAGCAUUGUGGAAUGAUGGGUGCAUCAUGGGGUUUGUGAGUAAGGAAAGGGAACGAGCUUUGCUGAAGGAUAAGAGCCCAGGCACGUUCCUUCUGAGAUUCAGUGAAAGCAGCAGAGAGGGGGCCAUCACCUUUACAUGGGUUGAAAGGUCUCAGAAUGAUGAGCCCCAGUUCCAUGCAGUGGAACCCUACACCAAGAAGGAGCUGACUGCUGUCUCCUUCCCAGACAUUGUUCGCAAUUACAAAGUCAUGGCAGCUGAAAACAUCCCAGAAAACCCACUUCGAUUUCUUUAUCCAAAUAUUCCCAAGGAUAGUGCAUUUGGAAAAUACUAUUCCAGACCAGCAGAGACAUCUGAACCAAUGGAUGUUGAAAAUCCUGCACCACAUGGUUACAUCAAAACAGAGUUAAUUUCAGUAUCGGAAGUUCCUCCUUCUAGACUUCAGUCAACAGAAACUAUGUUGCCUUUAUCUCCAGAAGACUUUGGAGAACUUACAAGGAUUAUAAAUCCUGCAGAAAUUGACACUGUGAUGUGUUCUGCAUAUCCAAACUAAUCAAGAUCACAUUGGACUUCAUUAAUUCUUGACCUAGUUCUUCAACAGCUUGCCAGUUUCAUUGGAGCAUUUUAAGAGAUCAGAUUUAAAGUUUUGUUCACAGUGGUUUUACAAAGGAUUAUGAUAAUACUUUAAUUCUCUUCUUUAAAAGUUAUGAAUGCAAGUACAAGAAAACCAGAUACUUUUGUUGUGUAUAAAACUUUUUUUAAAAAGUUGAACCUUGUUACUUUCUAAACAUUGUAAUGUGAUGCAGUUGGAGAACCUCUUUUAUACUCUGCAUAUUCAGAGUAUAAAAAUAUUACAUGGAAAAAUUGCUAAGUUUUAGUCUUUAAUUCCUAGCUGAAUGAAAAAUUUUAGGUUCAAAUAACUGUUGUGUACUUUGCAUCACAAGUUCUUAUGUGUUAUGAAUAUAUGAAAGUGAAAAUGUUUGAUUCAAAUAAAGGAAAACGUGUUUAAA